GCCUGAGGGAGCUGGAAGGACCAUCCUUUUUCAACAAGGAGAAAAUAAGCAGACAUGAAAAGUACUCCACACUUCAGCUUAGGAUGCUGGACUGGGCAGGAUAUGCAAAUUAUCCUCCUGAUGGUAUUGACUGUGCUUCUUCCUGCCAGCGUACAAGCUGGAGGAAAGUCCUAUACUGGACCAUGUGCAGGGAGAGACUGCAGUGGGGGCUGUGAAUGUUUCCCAGAAAAAGGAGCUCGUGGCCAACCAGGACUGCUUGGACAGCAAGGAUUCCCUGGGCCAUCGGGAGUGAUGGGCAUACCAGGACUUUCAGGGCACAAAGGGGACAAAGGUGAACGAGGUAGACCUGGCAUAACUGGACCCAAAGGAGAAGUGGGACAAAGAGGAGUCACAGGGUUUCCCGGUGCAGAUGGAGUUCCUGGUCACCCAGGUCAGGCAGGAUCAAGAGGAAAACCAGGCCACGAUGGUUGCAAUGGGACCAAGGGAGAUCCAGGUCCACAGGGAAUUCAGGGACCUGCAGGAACUCCCGGGUUUUUUGGAAUCCAGGGACCCAAAGGUCAGAAGGGGGAGCCUUUUGCAUUACCUGAAGAAUUAGCUAUACAGUUCAGGGGAAAUCCUGGUGACCCGGGCUUGAUUGGCUUCAUUGGACCUCAAGGUGCUCCUGGACCGGUGGGUGAACCUGGUCUAGAAGGAGACUCAGGUCUUCCGGGACUUCCAGGACCCCCAGGACUGCCAGGACCCAUUGGCAAUAGAGGCCUUGGCUUUUAUGGAAAGAAAGGUGAAAAGGGUGAAAUUGGACCUCCUGGUCCACCUGGGCUUCCAUCAACAAAAGAAUUAACCAGUUCAAUAGAUGAAAUUCUAAGUGAACACAAGGGUAUGAAAGGAGAAAAAGGAAUGAUGGGAGAACCUGGAUUUCCAGGUUUUCCUGCACAAAGAGCAGAAAAGGGAGAAGAAGGAAUAACUGGCUUUCCAGGACAAAGAGGUUUGCCAGGAAUCAAUGGUCUAAAAGGAGCUGAAGGGGAUCUGGGUAUGCCAGGAAAUUAUGGAAUCCAGGGCAUUCCUGGCCAGAAAGGAGUGAAGGGUGAAUCUGGGGAUAAAGGAAUUCGAGGGCCACCAGGUCAUGCACAACAUCCCACCCUUAUAAAAGGUGUACCUGGUGACCGGGGAAUGGAUGGCAUUCCUGGGCCUGAGGGAGAGAGAGGAGCCAAAGGCAGUCCUGGCCCACCUGGUACUGAAGGAUCAUUUGAUGAUGUUACUGUGCGAAGAGGUUUUCCUGGAGAAAUGGGCCCCAAAGGCUUCACUGGCGAUCCUGGCUUCCCAGCUCUUCAUCCUGGUCCUCCCGGUUUAGAUGGUGAACCAGGAGCACCUGGCUUCCCUGGAUCUCCAGGCCACCCAGGAAGUCCAGGUUAUUCCAUUGGGCUGAAGGGCUAUCCAGGAGUUCAAGGUCCUGCAGGCAAGCAAGGUUAUCCAGGUCCACGAGGACAAAAUGGACUGAAAGGUGAUGCAGGAGAUUGCAAAUGUGUUGAACAUAUCGAAGGAAGAAGGGGUCCUGCAGGACAACCUGGUCCUCCAGGAUUUCAAGGUCCAAUAGGAUAUGCUGGGGAAAAAGGAGAAUUAGGAGACCAAGGCUACCAUGGACUUCCGGGCUUUUCUGGUAUAAAGGGAUUCCCUGGUGUACCUGGACCAUCUGGACCAAAAGGGAUAAAAGGGGAUUCCCAAAAUGUUACCACAAAAGGUGCCAAAGGAGACCCAGGAACUCCAGGAAUUCCUGGAAGUCCAGGAGAAGAUGGUUUACCAGGCAGGAUUGGCAUAGAUGGUUUUCCAGGGCUUCCUGGUCUUCGGGGUGAUGGCAUAAGAGGAGAACAAGGGGACCCUGGGAGUGAAGGCCAACCAGGCCUAAAAGGUUUUUCUGGUGAAAUUGGUCUGCCUGGUGUGGGUUUGCCUGGUCCAAAGGGAUAUCGUGGUCCUACAGGUGACCCUGGCACAUAUGGAAAGCCUGGCUUUCAAGGCCCUCCUGGCCCGCCAGGCACUGCAGCUCAGACAGAUUGUGGGCAAACAGAGCACCGCUUUCUUAGAGAUAAUAGAACAGAAUCAAUUCAUUCAGGGACCAGCUGUGUUACCACCUCAAAAGGAACUCCAGGGCAUCCAGGACUGUCUGGACUACCAGGUGCAAAGGGUACAAAAGGGAUUCCUGGUGAACCUGGUUUGUAUGGAUCACAAGGACUGAAAGGACUUCAAGGGGAUCAAGGUCAUGGAGGUCCAGCAGGUCCAGCAGGAUUCACUGGACCCAGAGGAAGCAGAGGUGCCCCAGGAUUGCCUGGAGAAAGGGGGCUUCUAGGAAAUCCUGGUUUGCCAGGUUUGCCAGGCCUCCUUGGGGAAAAGGGGCUUACAGGUGAUGUUCUAGGAGUACCACCAGGGUCUCCUGGGGACACUGGGCCACCUGGAUUCCCAGGAGCAAAAGGUUUGCAAGGAGAUCAAGGCUUACCAGGAAUUAAAGGAAGAGACGGCUUCCCUGGUUCACCUGGAUCCAAAGGGAAUCCUGGGUUUCCUGGGCCUACUGGCCCGACCGGUAUCCGAGGACCACCAGCAACAUUUGGAUUCCCUGGAUCCCCAGGCCAGCAAGGGUCCCUGGGUAGAAAAGGCUCACAAGGAUUUGUUGGAUCACCUGGUGUCAGAGGGGAACCCGGGGAGCCAGGGAAAGUGGGUCCUAUAGGCAUGAAAGGUCUGCCAGGGGACAAAGGUGAACUAGGCUUCAUUGGAACUAGAGGAAAGGCUGGGGAAACUGGUCUCCCUGGCAUUGUCGGAAUGCCUGGUUUCCCAGGUCUUAAAGGUGCUAAAGGAUCCUCUGGCAUUGGAGGUUUCAAAGGUGCUAUGGGGUUCGAAGGAUGGCCAGGACAGAAGGGAAUCCAGGGAGACAAAGGCCUCACUGGAAAGCAAGGUGCUAAAGGACCAUCUGGGGACUUCGGAUUAAAAGGUGAACGUGGAAUUCGUGGUCUACCAGGAGCACCUCCUAAAAUCAUACCAAGCAUAAUGCUGGAAGUGAAAGGUGAAAAGGGAGAUAAAGGAUUGUUUGGUGUUAAAGGGACUAUCGGUUUAAAAGGAAGUAAAGGGUUCCUCGGAUUACCUGGUCAGACAGGAAUAUCAGGUUUACCUGGAUUUCCUGGUUUCGAAAAAGGUCAGAAAGGUGACACUGGAAAUAAAGGAAUAAGAGGUGCUCCAGGAUAUGCUGGUAUCCCAGGUCCUCGUGGUAUUCCUGGCUUCCCUGGAAUCACUGGAUGGAGGGGAGAAAAAGGUGUUCCAGGAGUUCCGGGUGCGAUUGGUGAAAGUGGCCAACUGGGGUUAAUUGGUGACAGAGGAGAUGCUAUAAAUUUGCCAGGAAGUAAAGGUUCUAAAGGAAUCCCUGGAAUUGCUGGACCACCAGGAUUCCCAGGGCAGAUUGGGGAACAAGGUGCAUCUGGAGAUCCAGGUUUCCCUGGAUCUUCUGGUGACAAAGGAAGUGUUGGAAACAUUGGCCUUCCAGGAAGAAAAGGUGUGCAUGGGAUCAGAGGACUUCCUGGAUUAGAUGGUUUGCCAGGUACUAAAGGCUUGCUAGGAUCACCAGGUCCAGAUGGAUAUGGAACAUCAGGUUUUCCAGGUGUUUUGGGUGAGAAGGGUACAGCAGGAGAGCUGAGCCCCAUUGAAGGCAGCAGAGGACCUCCUGGUCAGAAGGGGCAAAGAGGGGAUCCAGGAUGGCGAGGUUCCACUGGUACACCUGGACCAGAUGGAAGACCAGGAUUUCCUGGAGUCUCCAAUAUAUCUGGUAUACCUGGCGAUGUGGGUUCACCUGGUUUUGAUGGAGUACCAGGUUACCCCGGACUUUCAGGGACCCCAGGAACACCUGGCUCAGUUGGUUUCAAAGGAGAAGAGGGACUAAUAGGUGUGGCUGGAGAAGAUGGUCUAAAAGGAAUACAAGGAGACCAGGGCCAAGAUGGAAGACCUGGAAUAUCAGGCUUGGCUGGAGCAAAAGGAUAUAAAGGUGAACAAGGAGUCAUGGGCUUUGUUGGCCGAACAGGAAUUUCUGGUGACUUUGGUCCCAUAGGACCUAAAGGAGAUAGAGGGCCCCCUGGGUUUCAGGGACCUCCAGGUUCCCCCGGAUUGCCACCUUUACUUCCUAAAUUGGUCGCUGAGCAAGGGGCACUAGGCGCCCAUGGAAAAAUAGGCCCCCAGGGCCCUGCAGGUGAAAUGGGUCCUCACGGUCCCCCAGGAGAUCCAGGUUUUAGAGGCCCGAUAGGUAAACCAGGAGCACAAGGAAGAGGAGGUAUAGCUGCAUCUCCAGGUUUCAGAGGUGACCAAGGAGGACAAGGGCUGCAUGGCCCAGCAGGCUUUGAAGGUGCAGCAGGUGUUCCUGGUACUCCUGGACUGCAAGGUAUGCCGGGCCGCAGUGUUAACAUAGGUUAUCUUCUUGUGAAGCACAGCCAAUCUACUCAAGAGCCAAUGUGUCCAGAGGGCAUGAACCAACUUUGGAGCGGCUACAGCUUACUGUACUUUGAAGGACAAGACAAAGCACAUAACCAGGAUCUUGGCCUGGCUGGAUCAUGUCUGGCUCGAUUCAGCACUAUGCCUUUCCUUUACUGCAAUCCAGGGGACGUCUGCUACUAUGCAGGUCGUAAUGACAAAUCCUACUGGCUCUCAACCACAGCCUCUCUUCCAAUGAUGCCUGUGGCAGAAGAAGAAAUCAGGCCUUAUAUCAGUCGCUGUUCUGUCUGUGAAGCUCCUGCUCUUGCCAUUGCUAUUCACAGUCAAGAUAUUACUAUCCCUCACUGUCCUGAAGGAUGGCGCAGUUUAUGGAUUGGUUAUUCUUUCCUUAUGCACACUGCAGCUGGUGGCGAAGGAGGAGGACAGUCCCUGGUUUCUCCGGGUAGCUGCCUGGAAGACUUCAGAGCCACCCCAUUCAUUGAAUGCAAUGGUGCUCGGGGGACCUGUCACUACUUUGCAAACAAAUACAGUUUUUGGCUUACCACCAUUGACCAUCAAUUUCAACACUCACCUUCUUCAGAUACUCUCAAGGCUGGACUCAUCCGAACACAUAUAAGCAGAUGCCAAGUGUGUAUGAAAAAUUUGUAAAAUAAACAACCCCUCCCCCCAAAAAAUGUCACUUCAAAGUGGCAUGGAUCAGAUUUUGUUGGUGCUUAUUUAACUUAUUACCUCAUCAUUUGAACACAAGUAUUAUCUGGAAGAACAAACACUGCAAGUACAUAUAACCACACAAUUGUUCAGCCUUUGUUCAUGUAUUUGUGAGUUUGGUUUUACCUGCUGCAAAUAAUACAAUCUGUUAUGAGAAUAAAACAAUAGACAAAAUUUCAUUAUUAAAUACACUUGCUGUCAUUUAAAUCUGAUUUACUGUCAAAUGAUAUUUAUCUUGUUUUCUAUGUGUAACUGAACACUAUAGUCAUUGAAUAUUAAAUAAACAUUUAAAUACAAAUGCAAACUGUUAGAAUUUAGGAUUUUAAACUGAAUUUAGCAAACUCAUAUUAUCAAAAUGGAAAUGCCAUUUCAACAUCCUCAAAACAAUCAAAGAGCUGUAUCUUGCUCUAAGGGAGUCCUGAGGUCUUUGGUUACAAAUCCAAUAGAACUACAAUGUUUUGUGACUGAAGGAAACAUGCACGGAAUAUACUUUUGUUACAAUUAUAUUUCAAGGCCUUUUAUUUUUAUUCAUUGUUACUUUAUUAAACAUCUGUUGCUAUUAGUGCCUAAUUAUUUCUGCAGAGUCUGCAGAGGUAAGCUUUAUUUUUGUGUCACUUGACUUUUUUUUAAUGCAAUCUUAUAUUAUUCUAUGCAGUACCCUCAAUGGAUAGACAUAGCGCAUUAGACCAGAAUUCACUUAUCUUAAUAUUACUUUACUAUGGCUUGCAGAUAAACAAUCUAUGGUGUUUUAGAUGUUUAUAUUCUAGCUGGAUUGAUGAGUGAUGGUGGUUUGGAAUCCAUAUCUGAAAGUACUUUGCCUAUUUAGGCAAACAGUACUUUGCCUAAUUCUGUUCAACCAUUGUUGGGUAUCACAGGAUCUGUGUCAUAAUAAUCUCAUAAUUUCAGGAAUAGCACAAAAGGAAGGUGUUUAUAAAAUUAUGCCUUGCAGCUUCUCCAGUUGCAAUUAUAGCUACAGUCAAGAAACACCCCACUAGAGAGUACCAUUUAGUAAGAUUUGUGAGUACCCAUACUUAGGAAUGUGGCAUUUGUCAUUCUUCCCAAUGUAAGGAUGAUAAAGAGAGACUCAAUAUCAGAAGGAAGUGAGUGACAAAAAAAAGCAUCUCUACCCAGAAGGAAUUAGGACUGUACCUGGGAAAGUGAGAAAUACACUUUUCUCAUAGCAGUGAACCAAAGCUGUGAUCAUGUGCAUACUUAGCUGUACAAAUGAAGCUUUACUGGCUUCCAAGUAAACAUGCAUAAACUUGCUGAGUAAAUAAGUUUCUAUCCCCAAUUCCUUCACCAGUAUGGACAAGCAGAUGAAAAGGAGGCAGAAUUAGAACCUCAACACUGCAAGUGGCAACAACCCACUUUUGGUGGCAGGUACCGGGCAGUUGCCCAGACUCAUCUGUAAUUGGGCACUUGGGACUUCCCACUGUUUCCCAGAGUGUUUCCUUCCCAAGCCAAAUCCUGAAUAAGAAAUGCUCCAAUUUCCUUUCAUGUGUUUCUCCUUUUUACUUACGAUCACAGUGUUUUAUUUUGUAUGAUAAAUAAAAGUAUCAACUUUUUCUUAUUGAAUUGGUACGAGUUUUACAAGACAUGACUUAAAUCCUAAAAAAAGAAAAAGAAUCCCAUGUAAAGAAACAACCCAUAUAUGAUCUGACUUGAAGGGGACAGCGCAAGAGAAUCCAGGGAGCUCCAACUUCACCAUCUAGUAGCAGCACAGAGGUUGCAUUGGAAAUGUGCAUAUCUAAGGCAUCACCCUUAGACGCAGAGCAUAUAAUCACACAUUCAAAUCCACUUAAAUACUUCACAUUUAAGGAAAUUCUGUGGAUCUAUUUCUUCCAUAUCUGAUAAAGACUGAAAAAGUUUCAGAGUUAGGAAAGCAAAAUGUGGAUUUAGAGGCCCAGUGAAUUUUUAUGGAUUUGUAGGCCAUGUUCUUCAGUCUCCUUCCAAUUCUCAUUACUAUUAAAAUUUAUUUCAUCCAAGGAUGAGCCCAGCACUGUUAUUUUGCUGCCAAGUCCUAAAAUAAAUACCAUAAUAAUGUACCAUAUUUGAGAUUCAGAGACAAGACAAAAUAUAUAUAUUCCAGGUAUACUUUAGCCCAUAAUCUCUAGUUUUAUGAAUUACUAUCACAAAGGUAAUUAGUAAAUUUUAUUGCUAAUAUAAAUAGUCUAAAAAAUAGGCAGAGGUAAAGAGCUGUUUUGUGUCAAUAGAUUGUUUGAUCAGCCUCAUAGUAAUUUCUUUCACAUUCAGAAAUUGUAGAUUUCUGUAGAUUUGUAGAAAAAGUAAUCUUCCUAACAAGGAAAAAUCCAAGUUGAUAUUUUUAUAUAUUUCCUCAACAACAGCAGCACUGAAAAAUCACUGCUAUCAUUGAUACAUUGUUAUCACUGAUUACAACCAAAAUAUUUAAAUAAUUUUGAUUCUCUAACAAUCAAGUUCUCUGUUAUAUAUAUUGCAAUCAUCUCCAUACCAAAACACAUCAUUUUCUUCCCUGUCCUCACACACUUUUACAAAUUAAUGUUCCCCCAGCCAUGUACUUAUCCACUUUUAUGACUCUAUUAUUCAUAAUUUAACAAAAAAAUAUGCUUAAAUAAUUUCACCAGAAUCUGAUCUACUACUGUAAUAACCAAAAAUAUUUACUCUUACUGAUUUAGAACAUAAAUAAUUCAUCAACUUCCUGGAAUUUCAAAGUUUGAAGCUAAUACUGUAGUACAUUUAUAAACAUUAUUAGUCCCAAUACCACCAAUACCACUGAGUUAAAAUCGGCCUAAAAUUGCAGACUACUUUGUAAGUUCCUUCAGGUACAUUUUGUUAUAGGAGAAAUGGGAAUACAUUUUUUGCCUAACAACCAAUGUCUGGGCUAUAUUGAUGUUGACUCUAUUUAAUACCAUUCUACUGAUCUGACUUUCCUCUUUGCUCUGGCUCUGGUGGCCAUAACCAUGCAAUUAAUGAGGAAGAAAAGGGAAGAAUUGGUUUGCUACAAUUCUUUAUUUUGCUGAAAAAAUAUGGUGUAAAAUAGCUGAUCAAUCUCUACCUCCUUCCUGAAAUCUAU